GUGUCUGUGGAGGGCCGCCUCUACUUGGAAUUCAUGUUUGAUGACAUGAUGAGGAUAAAGACAUGGCAUUUCAGUGUCCGGCAGCACCGGGAGCUUAUUCCCCGUAGCAUCCUAGCUAUGCAUGCGCAAGAUCCCCAGAUGUUGGACCAGUUGUCCAAAAACAUCACUCGAUGUGGACUUUCAAACUCCACACUCAACUACCUCCGACUGUGUGUAAUCCUAGAACCAAUGCAGGAGUUGAUGUCCCGGCACAAGACCUACAGUCUCAGUCCUCGGGAUUGCCUCAAGACGUGCUUGUUCCAGAAGUGGCAACGUAUGGUGGCGCCACCUGCUGAGCCUGCACGUCAGCAGCCUAGUAAGCGCCGGAAAAGGAAGAUGUCUGGAGGUAGCACCAUGAGCUCCGGCGGAGGCAAUACCAACAAUAGCAACAGCAAGAAGAAGAGCCCAGCCAGCACCUUUGCCCUCUCCAGUCAGGAUGUGAUGGUGGUGGGCGAGCCAACCCUGAUGGGUGGGGAGUUUGGCGACGAGGAUGAGCGCCUUAUCACACGACUGGAGAACACACAGUUUGACGCUGCCAAUGGCAUUGAUGAUGAGGACAGCUUCAACAACUCUCCCGCGUUGGGUGCCAACAGCCCCUGGAACAGCAAGCCCCCUUCCAGUCAGGAGAGCAAGUCUGAGAAUCCAACGUCGCAAGCAUCACAAUAAAGCCCCCAAACCAGUGCCCAGCCGGGCCUAUACUUGACUUGGCUGGUGCCCCCACGGACUGAGUCGAAACCGUUCUACCUGGACAAUUGUGAAGAAGAGUGGCUGGCCGACAAGGUAUCAGGGCCUAUGGGCACUGCAGCACCUGCCUGCCUACAGUUAGCCUGGCCACGAUUCCCUGCUGUCUGCACUCUUGGCUGUGCCCUUUAGGGCAGAAUUGGAACAGUGGGCUUCUAGUCCCAGCAGAAUUUUAAUUCCUUCUCCCUCCCUGUCCAUGCAUCCAGUGCCCUGGACACCACAAGCAACUAUGGUAUUCCAUAGCAGCCCCUUAGAGCCUCAAAGCUUUGCUGGAUCAGCAUGGAGUACCUUGGGAGGCCACAGGACUGAGUGCUUAAGAUGGGCAGGAAGAAUCUGGCCUAAGCCCCCUUUUAUCAGUUUCAUAUUAGGCAUCAAGAGGGUUCCAUUUUAGCCGGAGAGUCUAACAGAGUCUUGUGGACAAUGUCAUGACUCAUAUUUGGGGCAGCUAUGAUUUUUAUGGGUUGAAUCUUAAGCAGUUCAUCUUGACUGUCAUAGAGAUGGCAGAGCAAUGAUUCUGCUUUGCCUGAAGAACCCAGAAAACCAGUAUGGCAGGAGAUAAUGUGGGGUUUUAAAUUUUCGGGAAUGCAUUAGAAAAAUAUUCUGCAGCUAACCUGGAAGGGCAUUUGUCCUUUUGGUCACAUCUUUAGGCAUGGACUGUUUUGCCCCCACCUGCUCCUAAAGGAAACUGCAGUCCUCAUAUAUACCCCACCCUCAGUAUUUUGGGCUUUUUUAAAGAAAUAAAAUAAAAUUGUAAGUUUAAAAAAAUCUGCCCUCCCUCCCUAUUUCCCCCAAUCCUGAUUUUUGUACAGGCUUGUCUAUUAAUUGGGAGUCUUAGUUUUUGUAUACAGUUCUGAGAGCUUCAAACCAAGGAGAGACUUUGCAGACUUCCUUUAUACACUCUUUUGAGGACAGCAUGGCUGCCCCACUUGCCCCCUCUGUGUAAUUUGUGUGUGCUGCUGUUCCUGCUCCACCCUCCUCUACCAUAACCCUCCCCUUUCAAGUUUGUGUACCUCGUGCUUGUAUAUUUCUGCGCUGUAUGCUGUGCGUAUGAUGCUGUUCUUUCACUGUGUUCUCACUAAGGCAGCCACUCCCAUUACUAUUGGUGGUGGUGGGGAGAGUUGAUUGUGAUGGGUGUCCUUCUUGGGAGGCAGGAGAGUUCAGAGGGUACUGUCACCAAUUUACAGCAGUGCAGAACUACAGGAAUGGGGCUGAAGAUAUGGCAUCUGGGGAAGCAAUGUAUCCAUGUUUUGCAAAGGAAGGGUGAUUGUUUCUUCUCUUUAUGGAAUGGUCUCUAGGAAACCAUUGCCUAGCCAGACACAUCCGUUUUUAUUCGAAAUGCUGGUACUUAAUCCCCAAGGAAGCAAACCCACUUACCUACCUUCCUACCUUCCAAUGUUCUUCCUUGAAGCCUAGUUUUAUCCUGUACAUCUUGGAGAGAGAAGAUGCUUUAUGUCACAGAGGCCUCAAAGUUGUUACAUGUGAGGCAUGGUUUUCCAUUUUUGAGAGGAGUGCAAAAUAACUUUUAAGAUAUUUUGGCCACCUCAUGGCAUAGACUGAUUGUGAGGGUGAUUGCAUUUAGGGGGUCAAAGUCUGUAAUGUCGUGGCACGAUAUCCUUUACCUUACUGAGGCUGUUUCUUCAAGAUGAUCUCUAUCUGCAAAGAUUUUUGUCCCUUAGCAGCAGCAUUGUCAUCAGUUUGCCUAGAGCUGCUAGUUUUGGCCAUGAUUUGUUUAGUACUGUAGGAAGAAUUUCCUUCCAAGUCAUGGUCUGGAAUCCCAGAUAUUAUUCUCUGUUCUGAUGGAGCCCAGUUGGAUGAACCUGAGAUAUAUUCAUGGCGGUCUGGUCACUUUUGUAUUACUGGGCCCAGGUCCCCCAUCCUGCUCUGCUCCCUGCGGGCAGGUAAUUAUAGCAGCCAGUAGUGUAAUUUACAAGGUAUUGGUUUUUUCUGUAUCCUUUUCCUACUUAAAAAUGUGAGUGUCACGUCCUCCACUGCUGUGGCUCAGCAUGAACUGAUGACGUGUCUCUAUCAGCUCUCUCCACCUUGUCCCUUCCCACCUCCCUGGGGCACUGUUAAAGUCGUUUUUUUUUUUUUUUUUUGCAUAGUUUGUGCCAUUUAUGGUCAUGUAUGGUACCAAUAAAACAACUUUUCGGUUUGGUGCUCUCCUUCCAGUGUCAUUUCUCAUCUGGAUCUUGAGAAAGGGGAUCUGUUCUUCCAUGUGGGUUCUAGCCAUCAGAGUUCUGUGGUUAGGCUGAAGUAAACAGCUGAUAUGAUGGCAUUCAAGGACUAACACUUGCUCUCUGCUGCCAGCAUCUCCCAGUUUUAAAUUGUGAUCCUUGUUUCCCACUUCCCUUUCCAUUUCUACAGAACUGUGUGUGCUGAUACAAAGCAUUCUGGAAUCUGUGCACCAAGCAACCGAGAAAUCUUGAGCACAUCUAAAAGUAACAGAAAAGUUUCUGCAGCUGAAGAACAAGUGUUCUUGUGUGGAAAGGGGAAAGAAAUAUCACAGAGAAGCUGAGCCAUGCUCUUCCUACAUCUGCAGGAGGGGAGGCAGCCAGGCAGUUUGCAGCCCAAAUAUGGUUGCAUUGUCAACUGUUUGACUAACAGAAAAUAGGGUAAACAAAUUUGAUAGAAGUCAUGAAUGUCAUAGAAAAUUAGUUGGUUUGGUAGUUGGAACAUUUCAUCUCCAACAGUAGUGUCCUUUAUUACUGAUUAAGCCCCGAUCACCGAUGUCACAUUGGGGUAGGGAGGUGGGGAAAAAAGCUAGCCAUGUGGCUAGCAUUGGCAAUGCAUGAGAAGAGAGAGAAUGAUGCCAGAAUUGUUUCUGCCUCACUAGCCAAGGGAACUUUAGCAUUAUAUUAGCCUGCAUUUUCCCUUCCUCCAUUUUGUAAGCUACCAGAAAAUAGACACUGUAAUGUUAGAAAGAUCAGUCACAAAUGUUAAUACCUGUGUCUUUCGAAACUAUUGUAAUCAUAUGCCAUAUUUCAUUCUUGGAACCAAACUUUGCAACAUUAAAGAGACACAAGGCUUUGGCUACUCUUUUGCUUCUUCUCUCCAUGUAAAUUUUAAAAAAUGAGGGAAAUAUAUUUUAGGAAGCAACCAACAACUUCUGUACAUAGGCCUUUUCCUGCUUAAGCCCAAUUCCUGAGCCAAUCAUAAAGUGUUUGACAGCAGAGGAACAAAUCUGCUUCCAGGAAUUGAAGCAUUUAAUUUUAAACAUUUAGCCGAUGAGUCUACAAGCAAGUCCUAAUAGUUUUCCUACCAGAAUUCUUUGUGGAGAGAGGGAAAAUAUAUCUCUGGAAUUCUGGCAUUAGUUGACUGUCUGGUGUCUAGCUUCUUGUCCCAUUAGUGGGAAAUGAUGGGCCUAGAGGUAGAAAAAGCUAUCAUUGGUGGAGGUCAUGCAUGUAAAGAUAAGGAAGCAAGGAGACUAAGUCAAAGUGCUUUUACUUUUGUCAUUAACCAGACUUGAAUAAGAAUAAGAUUAAUAACAUGAAACAAGGUUUUAAAAGAAUAUGAGGUAAGUAAAAAAAAUGUAGCCAGUUUGAACUGUUCCUAGCAAGAUCCUGACAAAGUUUGGUGGCAUUAUAAGAAAGCAGAUCGCUCUGAUCAACUAAAAGAAAGCCAAGGUAAAAGCUAUCUCUGCAACCUGAAUAUUGAGGUAAUAAAGGCUUAAUAAGUUUAUGUUGUAGUUUGCACUAAGAUUGACAAUAAAGAAGAAUAUGAGCUGUUGUUUCAAUAGCUCCUGAUUUGCAAUGACAAAAUUAUUAAUUGUACAGGAUUUGGGGGAAUCUCCCUUCCAGAAACAUAGUUUGGAAGACAUUACAGUGUGCAUGGCAUGGAGAGUUAAGUAGUUCCUAAUGUUGCAACUUACUCUAAAGCUUUAGCAAAGUAGAAUGGGGUAAGCUGAGAAUUAACAUAAACAGAUUUGGGGAAAUCCCAACUUCUUCACCUUUAAUUCUUUAUUGAUAAAAAUGGUCCCAAUAUGGUAAGCGUUCUAACUCCUCCCCAUCCCUGUUAAUCUCUGAAGGGCUAUUACAAACCCAGGUGGAAGAAUUGGAAUAAACAUGGAUCUGCUGUGUUUCCAUUGUCUGUCACUUCCAUGUUGUGAGCUUAAACCCAAAGAUGAGUUUUGGUUCCCUUAGAGUUACCUUCUUGAUUUGAGGGUAGUGUUAUGGUGCAUUACAACUUCAAUCAGAUACAAUUUGAUUAAAUACAAUCAGAUUCAUUAUUCCAGUUUUCUCUAGGUUCACAACUUUCAGACUUCCAUUUGAUCUCAUGUUUAAAAAAGAUAGGGAAGAUGGGAGUUGUAACUAGUAGUUUCUUGGGCUGUUGGUUCCUGUCAGAUUCUUUCCCCUGUUGCCACUCAGUGUAAGUUCAGCUUGCUGUGAAUGUUUUAUUACAAGAGCAUUUUAAGCAGUUCACAUGUAUGGGGGGGGGGGAUUUUAUAGGGUUGGUAAUGAAUGCAACUCACGUGUAUAGAGGGGUACCUUAUAUCACCACAUGUCUAAUAAAAAAAUACUGCAACCUUAUUUUUCCCAAGGAACAGAAUAAACGUUACAGAGAAGUCAUUAGGGCAGACAGAGCUAAAGAACUUUGGGGAAGAGCAUUAAGGCAGAAUCAAGCCUUAUAGAAUUAAGCCUUGCCUGUGUUUUUAAAGGGAUAUCAAGGACAGAGACUAGUCUGGGAAGUUUAAAGAAAAAUCUCAGAAGAAGAGAAUGCCAAGUCACUUCCAUAUUGAAGUGAAUUUGUCUCUUACGCUAUCAUGAGUUGAGUUUAACUAGGAGACUUAACUGUUUAAAGGUGUCUUUUGAUGCCUAUGCAGUGCUUAAGGCAUCCAUUCCAUCCUACAAAGCCCGCAAGUGCCAAAGGGGGGGUGUCUAAAAAAUUUCAGUCUCCCCUAUAUUUCUGUCUGCACCAUCUAUGAAUCCAGCUGACUAGCCUCGUACAGAGAGGCAUGGGAAACAGGCCACCCUGCAUUGUGAAGUGAUCAGGCACAUUAUGUUUUUAGUUUUCAUUGUGGUAUGCUGGUGACUGACAUAAACUUGGUAGUAUGGAUUCUGAGGAGGAGAGUUUUAAUUGUGGACCACUUACAUGGCUAAUAAGCUGUCUGCACAGAUCUAUGCUCAUAGUAAUCUGUUUCAUUAUGGAUAGACACACAUCCUUUAAAAUCACAUUCAGUUUUAUUCCACCAUGCAUUGUGAUUUAACUAACAUUGAAACCUUGAAUGUCAGCUUAUCCUAGUUUUUUGUGCUUCAAAAACUCAAGUGCCAUCUAUUUAUUUAGAAUGAUAGAAUCAGUGUUGGAAAAUACCUUGAAGAUAAUCUACUGCAACCUCCUGUCUUGUGCAGGAAUCCACUACUAUGGCGUCCCUGACAGAUGCCAUCCAGCCUCUCUUUAAAUAUCUUCAGCAAAGGAGAGCCCUCCUGAGACAGCCUGUUUGAUUAUUGAACCAGUCUUACUGUUGAGGUUUUCACUGAUAUCCAACAAAAAAAUUACUUCCUUGUAAUUACACUCAUUGUUUCUUGUCCUGUCUGCUGGAACAACUUUGAACAGUUCUACCCAAUCUUUUGUAGUACCUCCAGAUACUGGAAGAAAACUAUCAUGUCUCCCUGUAAUCUUCUCCAGGCCAAACAUAUCCAGUGCCCCCAACUGUUCCUCUUACUCUUUCAUUCCAGACCUCAUCUUGGUGGGUGUCCUCUGGAUAUAACUCUAUCAGUAUCCAUCCUAAAAUGUGCCCCAAACUCUUAAUCUUGACACUGUAUUCUGUUGAUGCAGUAUAGGAUUGUAUCUACUGUUUCUGCAAUUGCAUCACCCUGUUGGUUCAUGUUCAGCUUAUGAUCACCAUUUUAUUGUAUGUAUUUUCUUCCCAUAUGUCUGCCAAAAUUUGCUGCUGAAAUGGUUUUCUGUCCUGGGAUAUUUUUAUGAACAAUGGGAAAGAAAUAGAAUAAAUGACAGUUGGGAUGUGUUUUGAGUCAUGUAUAUGUGGAAGUCAUGUAUAUUUUGAGUGAUGUAUAUGUAUGAUGCAACAGAGCUUGAAAU